AUGAUGUGCACUAAGUUUAAAUACGAUGCGAACGGAGAGAUUGAUUGGUCAGCGGAGAUGGAGACAACUUGCGCGUCCUACGAGGAGGGCUGUCCGUGCAACGAGGAGUGGGAAGUCUCCUGUGAGUCCUGGGGCUACAAGGUCUGCACACCGAAGUCCGAGGGGUUGCUCGGCUGCAAGAUCCCGCGGGGGAAGGGCAAGGAUGCAGCUCAGGUGACAAUGCUACUGACUCUUGCAGCAUUCGAGUGGAAGAUGAGUAAGAGCUUGAAGUGUUCCAUCAGCUGCAGCCAUCAUGCCGAAUCUCAGGAGUAUACUUGCCGAGACGAGUGGUCGGCCUACUGCUGGGACAAAGCAUGGGGCGCAUGUCCCAUAUUCUGCACGUCUAACGAGACGAUGUGCUACACCUACGCCUACGAUGCAUCAGGAAGUCACAACCGGUUGGCGAGCGUCAGUUUGAGUUCCACCUACAGUAGUGAGAUUCCUCCAAUGUGGGUCAAUCCGACCUGGGAGCAGAAGUGCACUGACGAAUGGGGAAGCUGGUGCACAUCGAAGCUGGAUUCGUGCCCAAUCUCAUGCGGCGACGAUGAACAGGUCUGCUGGUCAACUCCUUACGGUAACGACGGCUAUCCGGAUUGGUCAUUGCCAGGAAAUCAGACAUGCCAGAGUAUGGACCAGCACUGCCCCUGCAACUCUGAGCACGAGGAUCUCUGUGUGAUGGAGUGGGGGUCCUACUGCCAGUCGAAGGUCUACGGCAGUUGUCCAGUCUCCUGUACGGCCGACCAGUUGUACUGCUAUGAGACGCCGUACGACGACAAUGGGGAAAUCGACUGGUACGGAACGUGGAAGGAGACCUGUGCAAAUGCCACGGAUGGAUGUCCUUGCCACCCUGAGUGGGAGAAGUCCUGUGGUUCGGGCUGGUGUAUGUCCAAGUUUGAGAACUGCCCAGUCGAUUGCGGAGAAUUCGAGACCUGCUACCAUUACAUCUCCGGGAACGAGUCUUGUGCCACUGAAAGUGGUUGCGCGUGCGAAGACAACGAGCACGCAUGCACGGAAGACGGGAAGCAACGCUGCUAUCCCAAGGACUGGUAUAGCAGCUGUCCUAUAACAUGCAAGGCCACGGAAAUGUAUUGCUCUGAAAUAGGAUUUGAUGCCAAUGGUAUGAUGACUUGGACAGACACUUGCGAACCUCAGAAUGAUGACUGGUUUUGUCCCGUCGUCUGCACAGCCGACUCGGCGAAGAAGUGCGGCUCCGGUUUCGCUGCCUACUGCAUUGCGGCCUCAGAUGAGUGUCCGCAGGAGUGUACCGACGAGCAGCAGGAGUGCUGGGUCACGGACUUCGAUGCAAAAGGCAAUUGGUUGUCCGCCAAAGACAAGUGCGCGCCAAAAGGGCAGGAGUGUCUGUGCGGAGAGAACGGCGUUAGAUGCAGAUCAAAUGGCUUCUCUUAUUGCGAGGCAACAUACUACGGCUGCCCGAUAGAGUGUACAGCAGACCAAAAAGUCUGUUAUCCGGUAUCAUACACACCGGAAGGAGACUAUGAUUGGGAUGCUCCGAUCAACGAGAGCUGUGUGGCACAGGACAAAACGUGCCCGUGCGGCGCCAAUGCGAAGCUUUGCAAGUGGACAGACGACUUUGGUGCCGAAGAGGAGUACUGCGUUCCAAGCGCGGAAUCCUGCCCUGUCACCUGCUCCAGCAGCCAAGAGAAGUGCUUCAAGUCGGACUACAACGCCACGGGCUAUCCGACGAGCUUCAAGGAAACAUGCGUUCAGAAGGCCUGGUUGGUGGCAGCCCUGAAGCAACCGCUAACUGGCAGCCGUGGGUGUCGGAAUUUCAUGUUUCAGGCGGAGGUCUUGAGUUGGAAUCCAUUUUCCUCCGCUGUCGCCAGUUUGUCGAGUUGGUAUUGGUGCGGAUUCUUGUCCUACCGUCUGUAUUUCUUUACGAUGUUCAUUGAGUCCAUCAGUAUUGGUGUGGUGCUGUUGCAGGACCGUUUACAGUUGGAGUUUACCCACGGCAAUGUCACUGUUGCGGCUCUUCCUGCCAAACGAGCAAUGUGCGGCUGGAUUGUCCAGUCUAUUGCAAGGACAGCGAGAACACAUGCUACAUUCCCAGCUAUGAUGCGAAGGGGGAUUGGAUCAGCACGCAGGCGCUAUCGGCAAAUCACGCUGAGCCCGAAAUCCUUAGACUUUACCGACUCGUGGGGAACAUGGUCGGAAUGCUUGCCCUUGGCUGGUGGCUUCUGCCCCAGCACUUGUCCAGCUGACGAAGUGCCGUGUCCACAGGUCGAGGAUUUCAUGCCAGAUGGAACAUACCUGGGCCUUGCGUCGCCCUCCAAGAAGUGUGCCGCCAGCCUGGUCGAGUGCCCUUGUGGCAAGCAAGCCGAACGCUGCCCGGGAGCAGCGGGAUGUAUCAGCAAGAGCGAGGGCUGCCCGAUCACCUGCAAAGCGGCGGAAAAGAAGUGCUAUUUGACAGACUUCACAGACGGAGGCGACUUCAUCAGCGAUCGCGAGGUCUGCGUCGCGGCCGAUGCACUGUGCCCGUGCGGCAAGAACACGGUCAAAUGCCCUGGCGAAGAUGUGUGCUUGCCGAAGGAUGUAGCCGAUGUGAUUUGCCCCUGCAAGGAGUCCCAGACGACGUGCAGCGUCGUGGAUUUCUCAACCACAGGCCAGGUCACCGGAUUUUCGACCGCCUGCGUUGCACCGGGCAACCCUUGCCCCUGUGGCAAGAAUUCCCUCAGCUGCUCGGAUCCCAACGACGCCAAAGCGCUGAUCUGCACAUCGAAGUUCAGUGGAAAGCUCACGACCAGCUGCCCACGUCCUUGUACUCCAGAGGCCGAACAAGCAGGCAACAAGACUUGCAUCCAGACCAAUUUGGACAAGUCCGGCAACUUUGAAUCCGAGACAGUGAGCUGCUUGAAGGAAGGUUCUUGUAAGCCGGGGAAGAACAUGAAGAGGUGUCCAACUGGAGCUGUAAUUGCAAGUGCUCGUGCUUGCCAAGAUUUGUAUGGCACUGGGGGCAAGAACACUACGGCUGUCAGUGAAAAUCAGAAGCAGACUUCCAAAAUUAUCUUGACCUUGGAAAGCGCCACCCAGAAUGCGGUUGCAAAUGCCGAAACAGCACGAGUGACCCUCAACAGUGUGUUGCAGUUGCCAGCAGGAUUGACAACAUCCGUUGCCGUGAAAUCUGGCGCGUCUGGCCGCCGGCUGUCAACAUCCUCCACCAAACUUGUCUACACGGUCAGCAACACAGGAAGUACCGGUGUCGCCCCAUCGGCAGUGGGAGAACGCUUGAAGAACAUGGCGAAGAGUGGCAGCAAGGAGCUUGCAUCUGCUACGUCAACCGUGGGCAAAGUCAAUGCAAAGGCAGCCGUUCCUCUGGACACAUCCGUCACCGCUCGCACUAGCCGGGCAAAAGCUGUGGAGGAGCAGCGGAAGCAGCAGGCUGGAAUAACCACGAGAACGACGACGACCACCACCACAACGACCACGUCGGGAGCAUCGGGUACCACGACAACGACAACGACGCAAGUGAACAAUGAGACCACUGAAACGACCGCAGGUGGCGACGACAGCGCUCUGAUCGACGGGAGCCUGCAAAGCCACUUGUCCCUCGUGGCCGUGAUCUUCGCCUUCAUCGCUCGAGCCUAG